GGUCCAGGAAGAAUGUCGAGCUGCCAAAGGUGAAAUUGAAAUUAGUUUAUACACUGUUGAAAAGAAGAGAAAGCCUUCUCACACCUUACAACGGAGGGUCCAGGAAGAAUGUCGAGCUGCCAAAGGUGAAAUUGAAAUUAGUUUAUACACUGUUGAAAAGAAGAGAAAGCCUUCUCACACCUUACAACGGAACGAUUACCAGCCAGGAAGUGGCAGGUCGUUGAGAAGAAACCAACGCAAACGCCAGCACGCCUACCAAACGCGCUCCACGAUAGAGCACAGUCAGCAAGGAGCAAGUCAAAAUGCACGAGCACGGGAGGACUCAGACAGCUCCUCAGAGGAAGACGAGACUGUUGGCACAAGCGAUGCAUCCAUGGAUGAUCCUGUGGCAGCGUGGCAAAGCGAAAGCAGUUCCAGUGAUUCAUCAAGUGAAUAUUCUGACUGGACAGCAGAUGCUGGAAUUAAUCUCCAGCCUCCAAAGAGACAAACCAGGCAGGCAGCUCGGAAAAUCUGUAGUAGUUCUGAAGAUGAAAAUAUGAAGGGAACAAAAGGACUGGAGCCAAAACGAAGGAAACUUAAACAGCCUAGAAAAAAGAAACCCAGUGGGCUGCUUUCGAUGGAAGGAGAACCCAGUGAAGAAUGGCUUGCCCCGCAGUGGAUCUUGGAUACUAUACCCCGCCGCUCGCCUUUUGUCCCGCAAAUGGGAGAUGAGAUCAUAUAUUUUAGACAAGGCCAUGAAGCUUAUGUGCGGGCAGUAAGGAAAGCAAAAAUUUACAGCAUUAACAUGCAAAAACAACCGUGGAACAAAAUGGAACUCAGGGAACAAGAAUUUGUGAAGACUGUAGGAAUUAAAUAUGAAGUUGGGCCUCCUACGCUCUGCUGCUUGAAGCUUGCAUUCCUAGAUCCAAUCACAGGCAAAAUGACAGGAGAAUCAUUUUCCAUAAAGUACCAUGAUAUGCCAGAUGUUAUUGACUUCCUUGUGCUGCAUCAGUUUUAUAAUGAAGCCAAAGAAAGGAACUGGCAAAUAGGGGAUAGAUUUCGCAGUAUAAUAGAUGACGCUUGGUGGUUUGGAACUGUGGAGAGUCAGCAGCCUUUCCAGGCAGAAUAUCCCGAUAGUUCCUUCCAGUGCUACUCUGUUCACUGGGACAACAAUGAAAGAGAGAGGAUGAGUCCGUGGGACAUGGAACCAAUUCCAGAAGGAACAGCUUAUCCGGAGGAGGUUGGUGCUGGAGUUCCUGUGACUCCAGACGAGCUGACAGCUCUUCUCUACAAACCCCAGGAAGGAGAAUGGGGGGCCCAUUCCAGAGAUGAAGAAUGUGAACGAGUAAUCCGGGGGAUUGAGCAACUUCUUUCCCUUGACAUUUCUAAUCCCUUUGCUGUUCCGGUGGACCUUAGUGCCUAUCCCAUGUAUUGCACUGUUGUUGCGUAUCCAACUGACCUCACCACGAUCAGGAGGAGACUUGAAAACCGGUUUUAUAGGAGAAUCUCUGCACUCAUGUGGGAGGUACGCUACAUUGAACAUAAUGCCAGGACUUUCAAUGAGCCAGACAGUCCUAUCGUCAAAGCAGCCAAAAUUGUAACAGAUGUCUUACUUCGCUUCAUCGGGGAUCAGAGUUGUACUGAUAUAUUAGAAAUAUAUAACAAGGUGAAAGCAGAAGACCUCAGCAGUACUGAUGAAGAAGAGGAGGUGGCAGAAGUAGAUGUAGAUUCAGAUGCUCCAGGAACUUCCUCUGGAAAAAGACGAGUAAGACGACGAAUAAAGCGACAGCCCAUGAAAGCAAGUCCCGAUGCUUGGAAAGAGCAAUGCAAGCAGUUGUUAAACCUGAUUUAUGAAAGAGAGGACUCUGAGCCUUUUAGACAGCCAGUUGAUCUCUUCUCCUAUCCUGAUUAUCGAGAUAUUGUAGACACUCCAAUGGACUUCAGCACUGUGAAAGAAACCUUGGAAGCAGGAAACUACACCAGUCCCUUGGAAUUCUACAAAGAUAUUCGUCUAAUAUUCUGCAACUCUAAAGCUUACACUCCUAAUAAAAAGUCUCGAAUUUACAGCAUGACACUUCGACUAUCUGCCUUAUUUGAAAAUCAUAUGAAAAACAUCAUCUCCGAGUACAAGUCAGCAAUGCAAUGUCAAAAGAGGAAAAGGCCACGGUACCGAAAACGGCUAAGAAGCAGUAGCAGUUCACCCUCAACUAGCAGAGCGUCUAGCCCAAAAGGGAAACAGAAGCAAAUGAAGAUUCAACCUAAACCCAACCAGAAUACCUCACUGCCUUUGACUAGGACUAGUUCUUCAGUUUCAUCUCAUGUUUCAGAUACAGCAGAAGAACCUCUGGGUUCAGCCACUGGUGAAGAGAUGGAAGGCCAGCCAUCUUCCUCAGGCUCCAACGCACAGAACCGAAGUGGAAAUACCAUUGAUGCAGGGAAAGGUCGACCGAUCAGGAGUAAAUCUACACCAGUCAAACAAGAUCACUCUCCUGAUGGACCACUUACAAACGGCGAUGGCAGAGAGCCUCGGACGGGAGUCAAGAGGAAGUUAAUGAGUGCCUCGGAAGAUGAUGAGCGUCUGGAGGAGGCGGAGGAAGAGGAAAAGAAGAGAGAAUUAAAGGAAAAAUCUGGUUUAUCUUCAUCCGAAAGUGGGGAAUCGGGAUCCAGUUCCAGUUCGGAAAGCAGGAGUGGCUCUGAUUCAGACUCGGAAUCAACGUCUAGAACAGAUCAGGAUUACAUUGAUGGAGACCAUGACUACAGCAAAGUUGUGCAAUCCAAAAAACCCAAAAGAAAAAUCAAAAGAAAAAUCACCGCUGGGAAACGGAAUUGGCAGGGCAGAGGGACAGGGAGGAGAGGUAGAUGGGGCCGGUGGGGGAGAUGGAGUAGAGGGGGAAGAGGCGGUAGAGGCGGAAGAGGCUGCGGCCGAGGAAGAGGUGGCGGCAGGGGAGGAAGACGAGGCCGAGGGGGCAGAGGAGCCUCGCGAGGAGCCACCAGAGCGAAACGUGCCCGGAUUACAGAUGAUGAAUUUGAAACUCUGUUUGGAGGACAAUUUGGUGAAAAUGUGUUUGGAGGGCGAUUCAGUAGACCGCCUCGAAUCAAAACAAGGAACGAGGGCAGGAGAACUGUCUUGUAUAAUGACGAUUCAGAUAAUGACAAUUUUGUGCACACCGAGGAUCCUUUGAACCUUGGUACUUCCAGGUCAGGCAGGGUGCGGAAAAUGACAGAAAAAGCCAGGGUCAGCCAUCUCAUGGGAUGGAAUUAUUGACAGAUGAAAAAAAAACUUUGGAACAAUUUUAAAAGAACUUCAAUGGCCUUCUACUGCAGGGAUUUUACCAGAAAAAUCUACCAAGCAAGUUGUGCGGGGACUCCACUCACGUUUCACAGUGGUGCUUUUCCAUUCUGUCAGUUUGCGUUUGUUUUCAGACUUCAGAUCGCCACACUUCAUUGGUCAAAACAAGCCUUAGUCAUUAGGCCUUAAAUUACAGAAAUUCUUCCCCACGCACUACAAGCUCAUCCCAUUAAAGAGGCUUCCAGCUUCUCAAUAAGAACAUGACAUUUUGAGUCACGAUUAUGACUUCUCUCCCUUGUUUUUUUUUGUUUUUGUAUUAUAGAAAUAGCACCUUCUUACCGAGUUUUUAUGUGGUUUCUGCCAUAAAUCCUUAUACACAGUAAUAAUUAUACCUUUUGCACAAUACACCAAUCCUAAAGGCAGCUAUAAAAUGUUUACAGUUUCUAUAUUGUAAGAAGGAUCUGGAUUAUUUUAAUCUUCCCAGGCCAAACGUUCAUGAAUUGUGCUGAACUGAAGUAUGUCUAUACUACAGUUAUGGGUCCUGAUGUGCUUUCUAUCGGUUCUUUAUUCAUGUACAAAGUGACAAAGGGUUGGUGCCUUGUAAAUAUGUAGCAAACCUUUGAUGUGGUGUGUCCUAUGUGUGCAUUAACUUUAUUAAAAAAGAGAAUACUUGAGAAGUAUGAAUAUCUAGACAAAAGGUGCCAAAUGCAAAAGUUACUUGCAUCUAUUUUCUUUUUGUCCUCUCAUAUUUUUAUAGUAUUACUAGAGAUUGUGCAGCUAAGGGGUAACUUCAACAUUUGAAAGGUUCCUCCUCUUCAAAGCAUAACGUCAUUUUUAAUUGUAGCUCAGCUACCUCUAUCUACAACUACUGGAAACUU